UCCAGCGUUACGUACCACUUCACAACGCUCUGGGUCGCGAAGAGGCAGUUCACCACCGCUGCCCAGAGAAAUCCCUGAGAGUCUGGGAGAGAGAGACGUCGGGGGAACGAAGAGGCCGAAGGGUGAGGUUUCUAGGAAAAGAUUUCGGGACUGCACCGGCUGAGUGAGGAUGGCUGAUGGUCCUUCUCAGUCGGAGCCGGCGGCCCCGCAGGAGCUCAGCGGAGCCUUCAAGAAGCCGUCUCUGCCCGUCCCUCUAGCGCCGCGGGAUAAAGCCCCGGCUGCUAGUCCCUCGGAUUCUGAGGAGGCGAAGAGAGAAAGGCCCACGGAACUGCGGGACCCGGAUUCCGGGCAGCCUGACGUCCCGUCACUUCAGCCGGACAGUGGGGACACGCGGAGUCCACAGGAGGAGCAGCCACGUCCCUCCGCACCAUCUCCUUGCCCUGGCGGUCCGGCCCGGCCUGCCCCCUACCAAGAGCCGCCAUGGGGCGGCCCGACCACGGCCCCUUACAGCCUGGAGACCCUGAAGGGCGGCACCAUCCUCGGCACCCGCAGCUUGAAGGGGACGAGUUACUGCCUCUUCGGGAGGCUGUCCAGCUGCGACGUGUGCCUGGAGCACCCUUCUGUGUCCCGGUACCACGCUGUGCUGCAGCACAGGGCGUCGGGUCCAGACGGACAAGGCGACGGCCACGGGCCGGGCUUCUACCUCUACGAUCUGGGAAGCACUCAUGGCACUUUUCUCAACAAAACUAGAAUCCCACCCCGCACCUAUUGUCGGGUCCGCGUCGGACAUGUUCUUCGCUUUGGAGGCAGCACCCGUCUCUUUAUCCUGCAGGGACCAGAGGAUGACCAAGAGGCAGAAUCCGAGUUAACCGUAACGCAGUUGAAGAAAUUGCGCAAACAGCAGCAAAUGCUGUUGGAGAAGAAGAUGCUAGGAGAAGACUCAGAUGAAGAGGAGGAAAUGGAUACCAGUGAAGGGAAGAGAAGUACCAGUAGCCAAGAUGAUGAGAUGGGUUGCACCUGGGGAAUGGGAGAAGACGCUGUAGAGGAUGAGGCUGAAGAGAAUCCCAUUGUCUUAGAGUUUCAGCAGGAAAGGGAGGCCUUUUAUAUAAAGGAUCCGAAAAAGGCUCUGCAAGGUUUUUUUGACCGAGAAGGAGAAGAAUUAGAAUAUGAAUUUGAUGAACAAGGACAUAGCACUUGGCUCUGCAGGGUGAGAUUACCUGUGGAUGAUUCAACUGGAAAACAACUGGUGGCUGAGGCUAUUCACUCAGGAAAGAAAAAAGAAGCAAUGAUCCAGUGCUCACUGGAAGCUUGUCGGAUCCUUGAUACUUUGGGAUUGCUACGGCAGGAAGCAGUAUCUCGGAAAAGGAAAGCCAAGAACUGGGAGGAUGAAGACUUUUAUGAUAGUGAUGACGACACAUUCCUUGAUCGAACUGGCCUGGUUGAGAAGAAACGACUGAGCCGAAUGAAGAAGGCUGGCAAGAUUGACGAGAAGCCAGAGACCUUUGAAUCACUGGUUGCAAAGUUAAACGAUGCUGAGAGAGAACUCUCUGAAAUUUCUGAGAAGCUGAAAGCUUCAAGCAAAUCUCUCUCAGAGUCACAAUCUCAGGACUCUUUAGAUGCAUUCAUGUCAGAAAUGAAAUCAGGGAGUGCGUUAGAUGGUGUGUCCCGGAAGAAACUUCACCUGAGAACUUUUGAACUAAGGAAAGAACAACAGAGACUUAAAGGGUUAAUAAAAAUUGUAAAGCCAGCAGAGAUUCCAGAACUGAAAAAGACUGAAAGUCAGACUACAGAUGGAGAAAAUAAAGCUAAAAAGCUUACAUUGCCUCUCUUUGGUGCCAUGAAAGGAGGAAGCAAAUUCAAAUUAAAAACUGGAACAGUAGGGAAGUUACCCCCCAAGCGUCCAGAACUCCCUCCAGCUCUGUUAAGAAUGAAGGAUGAGCCUGAAGUAGAAGAAGAGGAGGAGGAGGAGGAGGAAGAGGAGGAAGAAAAAGAAAAGGAAGAGGUUGAAGAAAAAAAGACGGAGGAUGGAAGCAGUAGGCCACAGCUUGAGAUAGAGCCAGAAGCCAUACAGGAAACGAAGCCUCCCACGGAGUCCACACGGUCUAAAGAAAAGCAAACCCACGAAAACGUGUCUCAACUCAGCCAGAGGGAACAAAAUAAAGAUUAUCAAGAGAUUAACAAAACAUCUUCAUCACUUGAGGAACCCUCAGCAUCAAAGAAUGAAUAUGAGGGAAGCACAGAUGAAUUGAAGAAAAAGAAAUUUUCUGGUCCAAGCAAAUUUCCAGCCACACUUUCUUCCAAAUAUCCUGAUGAUGACCCAGACUACUGUGUAUGGGUUCCACCUGAAGGGCAAAGUGGAGAUGGCAGAACACACCUUAAUGACAAGUAUGGCUAUUGAUUGCUUCAGAAUCCCAAAGGAAGACCUUGUGGACCAUGCAACAUGAUAUUUGGGAUAAUAUAUCAGAAUGGCCAGAGAAAUUCAGAUGAUCAUUGUAAAUGUACUGACUACCUUUUCACUUGUACUUCCUAAAUCUAUCUGCCCAUCUGAUUCUUCUGAAUUUGAUAUUUAUAUUUAAAAGUAUUUGUGUAUGUAUGUAAAAAGAGAACCAUAUAUUUUGAGAAUGAGUGAAGUGAGAAACAUGAGUCCAUAAAAGUGAGAAGACAAAGAUGUUUCCAAUGUUGAUGAAAAGUCACAGCCUCUUUCAAUAAGACAUACUGCUUUUCCUGAGCAAUCAGGCACUUCUGGUGGUUAGGCUGUAGGAGUCCCUGAGUUAGCCUUGUCAAAUAACUGUUGAAAUAUGGGGUUAUGCUAUCAGUGUGCCUUUGGGUGUCCCUGUCAUUCUUGGAACUAAAAGUAGAUUCCUACUGCCUCCAACUAUAAUCAUCCUGCCAGGUGUGAGAACAGACCCUGACUAAUUAGGGUAUAAUUAACCAUUGUACCACCUCAUGGACUCAGCCAUCAGUCCUGAUAAAAACUGAGCCAGAUGAAUGUCCACAACUUGACCAGUCAGUCAAAUUUCUCUUGUGGAAGGAUACAAAUAAGGUUGUGGAAUGAAAAGCUGGAUUUGUUCUACCCACUAUGGGGCCUCAUCUCUAUGGAGAGGGGAAUAAAAGUUCCUUCCUCUCCGGAAACAGGAAGAAAUGCUGAAAGAUGCUUCAUUCCCUCCUGUUACCCUCCCCGUCACGUUUCCAUAGAGUGGAAAGCCUGAGUGAAAUGAGGUGGAGAGCAUUUGGGUUAGACUAAGGCAGACUAAUCAGCAGGCAGGAGGAAUGCUGUGUCCCAGCUAGAGAGUGGAUGGGGUGGACGUGUUCCUAAAAUGGAUUACACAUAUGCACGGAGGUAGGCAGGAAGCAGUAAUGAGCAACUUCAGUUAUCCUGACAGAUGUGGGAAGUCUGGUCUGCUAAAAGUGAUAAAUCCUUCAUCUCUCAAAAAGGAAUGUUGAUGUUAUGAGGCUCUAUAAUCAUGGAUUUCAUUUAGACCAACAGGGAAGAACUGGCUGAUGGUAUAAGAAGUGACAGAAAUUUGGAUGCAGAGUGACCAUGCCAUCUUGGA